AUCAUGCCAUUCUUAUUCCAUCUCCCUGUCAUCCCCACCACCUUAAGUCCUAGGCAUUCCAAGUGUAGCCUUUGUUCCUUGCCAAACAUAUUUACUUUCCUUGGCCACUUUUCUCAGUGUCCUUUGCUUGAGUCCUAACUCUCCCAUCACCAAUAUCUGGAGCAUUAAAGCCCUGUGACAACAAAUUAAAGCAUUUCCCAAACAACAAAUUUUAUCCUCCUCCUCCUUUUUCCCCAUAUGGUAUGCGUCUGGCCCAUUUUUUUGGCUAACUGCUACAGUAAGACAGCUACAGAGCAGUACUUUUAAUCUCGUAAUUACUCAUGGAAUAUCCAUUAUGUUCACGAAACCAUGUGAUACUGUAUCAAAUAAAUUUGUUUUUUUCAUUUUAACCUCCUGCCCACUUGGUGAAUUCUCUCCAAUUGGUGAAAUUUUUCAUUUUUGUCAGUUUCUUGAAUGUUCUUUUGGUUGGUUUACGGUGCUUUGCUCUGCUAUCUGCCUUUUUCCCUUUUUUUCUACUCCUGUAUUCAAACUACCCAAAAGCUUCAGUCUUGGUUGUAUUUAGGAUUACGGUAACUUAAGCGAUCGCAGGAAGGCGAAGUUUAAAAUUAGUUGAUUAUAUGUCAUAUGGGAUGCAAUCCGAGUCUCUGAUUCUAGGCCGUGUGACAAAAGGAGUAAUUUUUUAAUUGAAGGUUUCAGAUGUUUGAAGGGAGAUAACGGUUGUAUGUGGAUUUUUGAUUCGAUAUCUUAGGAAACUAGAAAUCCCUUAGGUGAAUUUUGUUAUACUUGUGUCAAGAUGCAAUCAACAGUUGUAUCAAUGGAGAAUGGUAAAGAUUUUGCAGCUGUAAAUAGGACAGGUCAAAAUAGGGCUUUACCUCAUAGAAUGCUUCAGUUACUUGUGGUGUUUUUGGGGUUGUGCUUUAUCUUUUCUGUGGUUAGUGUUUAUAUGAUUAGGCAUUAUGGCGCUGAUAAUGUGCUUGCUGCAGCAAAGCCCAGUUUUCAACCUUGUUUUGAGAAGGAACCUAUUAGUUUAGAACGUUGGAUAAAGCCUCCCUCAAAAUUGCUUCACUCAAUGAGUGAUGAAGAGUUGUUUUGGAGGGCAUCAUUGGUGCCUCAAAUCAAGAAGUAUCCGUUCACUAGGGUUCCGAAGAUUGCUUUCAUGUUUUUGACUAAGGGGCCAUUGCCUUUAGCUCCUCUUUGGGAGAGGUUUUUUAAGGGACAUUCUGGGUUGUAUUCGAUAUUUAUUCACUCGUUGCCAUCAUAUCAAGCAGAUUUCCCACCCACAUCUGUUUUUUACGGGAGGCAAGUUCCAAGUCAGGUUGCAGAAUGGGGGAGGAUAAGUAUUUGUGAUGCUGAGAGAAGACUUCUUGCUAAUGCAUUGCUUGAUCUCAACAACGAGUGGUUUGUUCUGCUAUCCGAGUCUUGCAUUCCACUCUACAAUUUCAGUAUCAUCUACCAUUACAUAACAAAGUCAAAAUAUAGCUUUGUUGGGGCAUUUGAUGAUCCUGGUCCAUUUGGUAGAGGUCGUUAUAAUGAGAACAUGGCACCAGAGGUUCAGAUUAGCCAGUGGCGUAAAGGAGCACAGUGGUUUCAGAUCAACAGAAAGCUUGCUCUUAUCAUAGUUGCAGAUACAAAAUUCUACCCAAAGUUUGCUGAGUUUUGUAGAUCUCCAUGCUAUGUGGAUGAGCAUUAUUUCCCAACCAUGCUGACAAUUCAAGCUCCUAACCAAUUGGCAAACAGAAGCAUCACUUGGGUGGACUGGUCACGUGGAGGGGCUCAUCCUGCUACUUUUGGAAGUGCAGAUAUUACAGAACCAUUCAUUAGGGGAAUUCUUGAAAAUCAUACCUGCCCAUAUAACGACCAGCCUACUUCAAUUUGCUAUCUUUUUGCUAGAAAAUUUGCUCCAAGCACGUUGCAGCCUCUAUUCUUUCUAGCACCAAAGUACUUUGGUUACUGAGAUAUAGACCGUAUUGCCUCUUCUACAAUGUUCAGUUAUACGGAAUACAAUGGAAGAAUGGUGACAUGAUUGGGUCGCGCCAUGCAAAUUCAUUCUUUGUGCUUUGAUAUGGAAACUAGCCUCUAAUGAUUUGCAUGAACGGCGAACCCUUAUGCGGGACAACCCCCUUCAGAUGUACAGGUCGAUGCUAGAGCAUGAAUACCAUACGUAUACCUUUUUGUAUUCAUCACCAUUGGCUGUCCAGUUGCAGCGGCAACAUUGAUAUAUAUUUUUGUUUUCCAGUCAGAUCAUGUAAAGUUCUCUUCUACUGCAGCUUUUCACUUCUCUGCAGCUCACUGAUAAAUGGGCUGGGGGAUUCCAGUUUGAUGGUAUUUGGUCUGCAAAUGAAUGCCAAACUAAGUCAACUCG